UUGAAUCAUAUCAACAUUUGAAGGACUUAAAUUCCAACUCCAUUUGUUCAAGUGCCAGAUGAUUAUAUUUAGUUUUGAUGUACAAUGGAUUUAAAGGUUAUUUUGGCGUUUGCUGUAAUAGCUGCUUCCGAAAGUUUAAGCUUCACAAAUGACAUCGGAGAACCCUUGGGAAACGAGAUUGUUUACGACAAAUGGCAUAAACUGGAUAAAAAAUUUAAAGAAUUUGUGAAUUAUGGAAUGAAAAUGGCUCUACCACAGAUAAUCAGAGCGACAAGUAAAAUGAAUUUAACGUCAACUUGCAGGAAACAAGGCUUCGAAUUCGCUAUUGGUUUAAGGAAUCUCAGAGAAUGGGCUAUCGAAUUUGUGGAUUCAACCGGCAAAGGAAUCGACGGUUUUCUUAGUGGUACUCUUUCAGCAUUUGGGAAUUACGACGGUUGUCUUAAUGCAGUUGCCACGAAAUCAAAACUUGGAGGUCAAGGGGAUGUUAUGUUUCGAGGGAAGUAUUGCGUUGUCGAGUUUAGACCUGUGCUACCCAUUAAGGAAAAGAAAGUAUAUUCGUUUGCAGACAAAAUAGAAGGACUAAUGGCUGCUACAAAAACUGGAUCAGACUUGAUAAAGAUGAUAGCAGCCAGAGCUCAUUUAUUUUACACUGGAUCAAUAAACAUUGGAAUGUGCAUUCCUUCAGGCUGCAGUAAAGAUGAUUUGGAACAGUUCAUUAAAUAUUUUGCUGAUACUCUGUAUUUUGAUUCGAAAGUUGCAACUUGUGAAGAGCGAGGACGGAAAUACAGUACCUUUUUCAUAGUUUCUACAUUCUUUUAUGCCCUAGCGACUUUCUUGGUAGCUUUUGCAACAACGAUGCACUUGUGUAUACAACACAAAAAUAUUAUAAGAAGUAAAACUUUGAAACUGUUGAUGGCAUUUUCCUUCGUAACGAGCUUCCAGAAACUCUUCAGUACUAAAGUGGCAAAUAAGUCCUUCGCAUUCUUGAAUGGAAUGAGAUUUCUCGCCAUGGCUUGGAUUGUCUUUUCUCAUACGUACUUGGCAUCUCUCGCUGCUUUUCCACUUCAAAGGAAUUUAAUUUAUGUUUAUGGAAGCUUUUCCAACUAUUUUUCACAUCUAAUGCAGCAAGUUAUCACCAGUGGAGUUCUGUCUGUAUCAACGUUUCUUUUCAUAGGAGGAUUGCUCAACUGCUAUUCGAGAGUAAAAGAACUUGAAAUUAAGAAACGACAAUCGAAUGUUUUCGUGUACAUAUUUUAUCGUAUGUGGAGAAUAUAUCCAGCAUAUAUCUACGCUAUAUUUUUUGUCAUGGUGCUGCAAACUUUAAAUAAUGGUCCUAUGUUCUCAUCAAUAUCUUAUGACUACGCAAGAGGCUGUGACGAGAAAUGGUGGAGAAAUAUCCUUUUCAUAAAUAAUUUGUUUCCAGUAGGCGAAUCG